AUGUCCGACUCCGAGGGAGGUCUGCCGUCCGAGGCGACCAUAUCGCAGAAGCUGCGCGAUGUCGUCAUUGCGAUUCACAAAACAGGCAAAGACGAGGAUCUGACUGUGAAGCGCAUCCGAGCGCGCGCAGAGAAAGAGCUCAGCCUACCAGAAGGCUUCCUGAAGAAGGAUGCAGUUUGGAAGCAGAAGAGCCAGACGACUAUUAACGAGGCCGUCGAAAAGUACUGCACGGAAGCCACACCCGAGCCCACACCAAAGAAGGCCGUGGCGCCGCAACCCACACCCAAGCCUGCGAGGAAGGCAAAAGCGAAGCCUGAGCCAAAGGGCGUGAAGCGAAAGGCAGUCGCGCCGCCGAAGAAGCCGAAGAAGCGGAGGAAGACCGAUUCCGACGACGACCUCGACGAUGAACUCUCAGACGCGCCCGUGGACGAGCCCUCUGAGGCCGAAAGCGAGCCACCCAAGAAGAAACUGGUGCAGCGGAAGAAGAACGUCGUGACAGAGGAAUCAGGUGAGGAGGAAACAACACCACCAAAACCCACAAAGGCAAAGAAGCCAGUCGUUAACGAGAGCGACGACGAACCCGCCGCGACACCAGUCAAGAAGCCAUCAGUCACACCACCACCCGAGUCCAAGGGCGACGUCUCCGAAAGCGAGCUCUCCGAACUCAUCGACGAAUCGCCCAGAAAGAAGUCUCGCAAGAAGGACCCUGCUGCAAAGAAGGCCACCGCUCCCAAAGCCAAACCCGCUGCAAAACCGAAAGCCGACGAUGACCCCGACACCGCGGAGGUUAAGCGCCUCCAAGGCUGGCUGGUCAAAUGCGGCAUCCGCAAAGUCUGGUCCAAGGACCCGGAGCUCUCCAAUUGCGACACGAACAAGGAAAAGAUCCGCGUCUUAAAGGGCUGGCUGAAAGACGUCGGUAUGGAUGGCAAAUACUCGGUUGAGAAAGCUGCGAAGAUCAAGGAGAAGCGCGAGUUUGAAAAGGACCUUGCGGCGAUUCAAGAGGCUGAGGCGCAUUGGGGCACUGCAGGUGAGGGCGGUGGCAGGAGGCCCCGAAGAGCGGCUGCUGCGGCACCGAAGAAAUUGCAGAAGAUCGAGUUUAGCGACGAUGAAGAGGAGGAAAGCGAGGAAGAGAAGGACGAUGACGACGAUAUGGACGACGACGACGACGACGAAGACGGCAAAGGGGAUUCUGAUGACGAUAAAGGCGACAGUGGAGACGACUCAGAGUAA